UCUGCGCAAACGCCAGACUGACAUUUUCCCCGACGCGUUUGGAGGUGAGUGCGUGAGCCGGUGCGAUGGGCGGCAGGCUGACCCGCGUGCUUAGCAAGUUUAACGUGGAGAACCGAGCGCACCGGGAAAUCAGUAAGAAGAAACCCAGGCCCGCCCCGCGCCAUCCAGCCGCAGCCCUUGCCACGCCGGAUUGGUCUGCCAGUUUCCAAGAAGAAAUAAAGAAAAAAGAUGAAAAACUUCUUAGUUUCUUGAAAGACGUCUAUGUUGAGUCCAAUGAUCCAGGCUUGCAAAAGAAAAAAAAAGGGAGAAAUCUCCCACAUAAGCAGGAGGAUUACAGGCCGAUAAUAGAUGGGCAGUUCAAUUAUCAGGACAUUCAGACUAUUCCCAAAGGCAAAAUCUUGACAGAGGAAGCCUUGACUCUUCUCAACAACCAUCAGCGCUCUCCAGAGACAUGGACUGCUGAGAAAAUAGCAGAAAAAUAUUCUUUAGAACUGAAAGAUGUGAAUAACCUUUUAACAUUCUUCAUCCCAUUUGUUAUGGAUUUCCUUCCUUACAAAGACCAGAAAACCCUGGACUCCAAAUAAAAAUUUCAAACAGAACUUGA